CUUAUAAGUAUAUAUAUAAAUGUCUACCACAUUUUAAUCAACUCCAAAAGCAAUGCAAAAAAGACACAUAUGUUAUUGUAAUCUGAUGAUGGAGAAAAGAAGGUUGCAACAUAGAAAAAGCUUAGCUAGUCCCCCACCACCCUAUCUUAUAAACCAUGACUUCAUCUCCCUUCAUCAUUAAGUAAAUCCAACAUAAAUCACCCCCAUAUCUUCUACAUAUAUUGCAAGUGGUUCCAUUAACUUGUUAGUUAGAUAUGUACACCAUACAUAUAGAUUUGGGGCCUGCGGUCGUAGCGGUGGCUAUGUUCAUAUUGUUGUCACCAGGGUUGCUAUUCCAGAUGCCAGCACGAACCAGGGUGAUCGAGUUUGGGAACAUGUACACAAGUGCCAUAGCCAUUCUAAUUCAUGCGGUUUUGUAUUUUUGUAUUUUUACCAUUUUGGUUGUAACUAUCGGUAUUCAUAUACAUACUUGAUCAUUCCUGAUUGUCUCGUUACUCGUUUCUUCUGCUAUUAUGAGGAGAAAUCAACAUUUCAGCUGUGCUUAUUGUUAGAAAACAUGUAAGUUGGCUGUUUAUAGAAAUUGUUCUAAAAUGUAAGAACUUGUAAUUGUAAUGUUGGUUCUGAGAGGUCAUUCAUGUAUAUAAUGUUUGCAAACUUACCAAACAUGGCUUUCAAAAGAGACCAUGAGUCUUGUACACAUGACUUCUGUGUAUGAACCGGUUUCAGUCAUGUGGUUUAGUGUUGAUUCAAUUUGUUACACCUUUUCUGUAAUACAUAGAAAUGUUAAAUUUA